ACAGACCGAAUGCGAUAUCUUGACGUGCCCAACUUUGCAUGUUUGGAAACUGCGUACUGUAAUAUCAGCGGGGGGGAUGUGUUAUUGUUUUGUUGUAUAUGAUGUUGUUAUCCAUAAUUCAGAAGUCUAAAGCGUUGCUUGGUGUUGGAGCCAAUACGGAAGGUUUAGUGAACACCGUGGAAGGAGCAAAAGGACAACAGAAUGAUGUGCCCAAGCAGACAACGAAAUUUGCACCGGAAAUAUCCACCGAACAACUCAAGGAAAUUAUUUACGAUCACAUAAAGACAAUUCGGGAUCCUGAGAAGCCAGCCACCCUGGAAGAUUUGCAUGUUGUUGAUGAAGAUUGUGUACGAGUUGAAUCUAGUCCAGAUAGUGAUGUGUACUCAGUUCAUAUUGAAUUUAUUCCUACUGUGCCUCACUGCUCGUUAGCUACUCUUAUAGGCCUUUGUAUUCGAAUAAAACUGGAAAGGAACCUUACAGAAAAAUUCAAACUGGAUAUCAGCAUAAAAGAAGGGACACAUUCUACAGAAGGUGAAAUAAAUAAACAAAUCAACGACAAAGAAAGGAUAGCUGCAGCAAUGGAGAAUCCAAACCUAAGAGAAAUUGUUGAAUCUUGCAUUGAUGAUGAAAAAGACUGAAGUUAUAUUGUAAAUGGACUGAUGAUUUUGUUUUUUUAAAAAAUAAUGCAAAUGUAAGUUAUUUUCUUGAUUAAAAGUGUGAGUUAACCUAA